GAUGCCCUUGUGGAGUGGGGUGUACCGACGGCAGUAGUUAGUAACCAGUCGUCGACUCGACAGACAGCCGCGCUACUGACAACACGAAUUGGUCCUCAAUACCCACGCCUCUAGCUUCCUCGCACGCGGGAAACCAUGGAUGCCUGCGUCGCUGCCUCGCUCUCCGCUCCCCAGUGCGCUCUCACCGCCGCCGGAAGCUCCUUAUCGAGCUCCACCGCGUCUCGCGCUCUGGUCCAAUGCAGCGCUUUCCGCGGCACCCCGCUUCGCACGCCGUCGCUGGCCGCCAGUCGCAGGCGAGUAUCCCCGGUAGAGCAGCGGCAGGCAAUUAGAAACGGGCUGUUCGAUUUCCUGACGGCCUUCACGGGCCCGAAGGUGAGCGACGAGCAGCGCGAGGCGCUUAAGGAGGAUCUGCUAGCCGCCAUCGAGCCGCUCGAGCGAGGCCUCGCCGCCUCGGAGGACGACCAGCAGGCCGUCGAGGAGCUGGCGGCGCAGCUGGAGGCGGUGAAUCCGACGAAGCAGCCGCUGCGGUCGCCGCUGAUCAACGGCAAGUGGAAGCUGCUGUACACCACGUCCGACACCAUCCUCGCGCGCAAUAGGCCGUUCUUCCUGCGCCCGUCGGGCCCCAUCUUCCAAGCCAUCGACGCCGAGACUCUGCAGGCGCGCAACCUCGAGACGUGGCCCUUCUUCAACCAGGUGCAAGCCACGCUGACACCGACGUCUGCCUCCGCCGUGGACGUCAAGUUCGACGUUUUCAAAAUCCUCUCGCUGAUCCCCAUCAAGGCGCCUGACUCGGCAAGGGGGUCCCUUGAAAUCACCUACCUGGACGAUGACCUCAGGAUCUCGCGGGGUAACAAGGGCAACCUCUUCGUGCUUGCCAUGGAGGAUGCAUCGUACCGCAUCCCCCUGGCAGAGGAAGAGAGCGAGGAGGAAGAGGAGUGAACAUGGGCGAUGAAGGGCCAUCACAUGAGAUUGUUCAGCUUGAUGACAUCAAGCUGUGGUGGACAGAUACAACAAAUGCGUUGCAAUGUAGUGUAAUCAUUCCACAUUCAGCAGUAAAAGAAAUGUCCGGGACAUCCAGCAUACCGUAUGGAGGACUAUCAGCAAUGCUAUUUGACAGUGUUCUACUGUUGCACAUUAUAUGUUCUGUCUGCUUCUACGCAUAAUAGCUGAUGAA